AUGGUCAAAGGCAGGGAAGAGGUCGUUUCCGAGUUUAACGAGUACGUCAACAUGACGGCUGAGGAGCUAGAGUCCUGGCUCAAGUCAGGCGACUCUAACAGCGCCGGCUGGCCCAAGGACGAUGCCGACGGCGACGGUGAGACGGUCGGACACGACAGCGGGCGCAAGAUUGUGGAGAUCCUCCAAGCAAACCCCGAGAAGAAGGAGGACGAGUAUACGGAUGAGCAGGUCGACCACAUGCGCAAGGUUGUGGCUUACUGGUAG